CCCAACCCCCCUUUUCUCCCUUAUCCCUCUCCAUCUCUUUUCUUCCUCAACCUUUUCCUCUCUCUCUACGAAUUUCGUUUUUCUCUCUCUCUUCCUAUUUCCCCUCGUUGAUCCUGGGGCUUCUGAGAUCUCUCGCUGCGGCUCUUGGAUCCGGGUUCAGCGCCCCAAGGGCUUCGUCUUGACCCUGGUAUCGUUGGAUUUGGCCUCCCUGCGCUCAGAUUAGGGUUUCUACGUCGUGGAAGUUUUUGAAUGCUGGAUGCUCCGCUGAGACAGAAAUUCCAGCAUUAUCUCAAGGAAGAAGUCAGUUGGUCCCUUAUGCAUUUAAGAUGUUAUAGGUCCAACGUUGACUGGAAAAGACUUCGUCCUAUGAUCCUUAAAAGAAUAAAUAAUAGGAUCAAGGACUAUCCGUUGAAGAGCAUGAUUCCUGUAGCAAACGAUGUCCUCGAGUCCCGAAAAUUUUUGAUGCAAGGUGUCUCUACUCUUCUCAAAGUAAUCCCAGCGAAAUCAUGCAAGUAUUGUCCCGAGGUAUACAUUGGUAGCAGUGGCCACCAAAUCAAAAGUUGUCAUGGCUUCAAGCGUAUCAAGAAGGAUCGGGAGCAUAGAUGGAUCGACGCCACCGUUAAUGACAUUCUUAGCCCUGUUGAAGCCUUCCACCUCCAAACCAUGUUCCAGCCAAUGAUAAGCCACGACCAGCGUUUUGACUUCGAUCGCAUCCCUGCAGUCCUCGAACUAUGUUUCCAAGCCGGAGCCAAAGUUUCAGACGGAACCUCUUACAACCUAACACAAGAUACUAAAAAAUUGUAUCAGAUUGGUCAAGAGACUCUAGAUGCAUGGGAAAAACUCAGGGAUGGAGUUCAGAAACUCUUGUUUGUGUACCCAGCUAAAGUUUGUGAGCACUGCUCAGAGGUUCACAUUGGGCCCUCAGGCAAUAAAGUUCGCGCUUGUGGGGUUUUUAGGUAUGAGGGGUGGCGUGGGGCCCACCGGUGGAGGAAGGCGGGGGUGGACGAUUUGGUGCCUUCGAAGGUUUUGUGGCACCGGCGGCCGCAUGAUCCUGAGGUGCUUGGGGAUGCUGGACGGGGGUAUUAUGGUCAUUCCCCGGCUGUGGUGGAGCUAUGUAUGCAGGCUGGUGCUAGAGUGCCGAAGAAGUACUUCUGUAUGAUGAAGUUGCUGGGAUUAGCCCCCAAUGUUGUUGAAGAAAAUGGUAUGAAGGUUUAGCUGAGGUAAAAAGGUAUAAAGGGGAAGUAUAGCUACUUUAGCUAUUUCCGUCAUUGAGAGAAUUAAUAUGUUGCUUUGAAAGAAAAAAGAAAAAAAAUUGCCAAAAGAAUUUUGUUUGCAGUUUUCUUUAUGUAUAUCUUGUCGGAUUUUCAAAAAUAAUUUUGGUCAUCCGGAGAAAAUCUCGAAGGUAUGUCUUUCCAAUACACUUUCAGCUACAUUUUCUAGCUCUUAAACCCUUGCAUGGCAGUAGAUUAAUUGAAAGGCUAUUUACUUUGUUUCUCCAGGUUGGUAUGAGGCUUGACGAGAAAAAGUGGCUCAUUGUGCAAUGACGAUUAAGUUUGAUAAAAGAUUUAAGGUUCCCAGCUUAGUUUGGUUUAUUUUGCCAGUAUCAUGGCUCGGAGGUUUUAUUGGUUUCCUGCAUCAAUGUUUAUAAUUUGCUGGUUUUUGUUGUUUCUAUCUUUCAUUAUGAAUUACAAUCCAUGAAAGAGUAAUAGCCUCAGUACUUACAUACAAUGUAAAAACCUCACCUGCCUAUUUUCUUCCUUCAAUAUUGUAAGAGGCCUCUUAAUUAGUUCUCCACCACGCAUGAACCAAAAUCAACCAUGGCUACCGUACUCAUUAUGAAUGAAAUAUGACGCGCGCACUGCCAUCUCUUGGUUUUGGAUCCUUCUGAGGUAGUGCUGGUGUCUUAGUUUCAGUGGUUUACUUGACACAAUCAGGUUCUGUUAUUAAAAAUAUUACUGUCACCGUGUAUGCUUCAUAUGAAACCUCUUCCUCUAUGUGUGUAUCCUUUUUCUAA